AUGGCUUGGGCCCUGGUGGGGGCUUUCCUCUGCUGGUCCUGUCUGGGCCUGAGUGGGCUAGCUGUGGAGGUGACUGUGCCCACUGAGCCACUGAGCAUGCCAAUGGGCAAGAUGGCCACGCUGAGCUGCAGCUACAGCACGUCUGUGGGCGACAACUUUGCCUUGGAGUGGAGCUUUGUGCAGCCUGGGAAGCCUAUCUCUUCAUCUGUUCCUAUUCUCUACUUCACCAACGGCCAUCUGUAUCCCACUGGCUCUAAAGCAGACCGGGCCAGCCUUCUCCACAACCCACCCACAGGAGGAGUGGCUACGCUGAGACUGACUGACCUCCGCCCCUCAGACACUGGAACCUACCUCUGCAAUGUUAACAACCCACCAGAUUUCUACACCAAUGGGUUGGGCAUAAUCAACCUUACUGUACUGGUGCCCCCCAGUCACCCCAUAUGCAGCCGGAGUGGGCAAACCUCUGUGGGAGGUUCUGCUGCACUGAGAUGCAGCUCUUCUCACGGAGCACCCAAACCAGUGUACAACUGGGUCCGUCUCGGAUCUUCUCCUACACCUCCUCCUGGGAGCAUGGUUCAAGAUGAAGUGUCUGGCCAGCUCAUUCUCACCAAUCUCUCCCUGACCUCCUCCGGCACCUAUCAAUGUGUGGCCAGCAACCAGAUGGGCAGUGCCUCCUGUGAGCUGAUCCUUUCUGUGACUGACUCAUCGGAAGGCCGAGUGGCUGGGACUCUGAUUGGGGUGCUCCUGGGCGUGCUGCUGCUGUCAGUCACCGCAUUCUGCCUGAUCAGAUUCCAGAAAGAGAGGAAAAAGGAGCCCAAGGAGACGUACGGGGGUAGCGACCUUCGGGAGGAUGCCACCGCCCCUGGGGUUUCUGAACAAGCUUCUCUGCGGGCCAGUUAUAGCAAAGGCCUCCUGGAGAAGUCCCCACCCGCCAGCACGGUGACGACCACCAAGUCCAAACUCUCUAUGGUUGUCUGACUUCUGAUCCCUGAGGGUAGUGAGGGGGAAUGCUCAUAAUAAAAGCCUUUAGGUACCCUGGUACCUCCUUCUUUCUCGCCGCGUGG